GCUUGUUAAAAUCGUUCUCGUGACUCGUGAGUCGUCAGUAUUCCCAGGAAGCGAGCCAGAACAGCAGAAAUGGAAUCAUCGACGCACAACCACAAGCUUUUGAGCUCGCUCCGAAGCUUCGGAGUCUCGAUUCCGGACGAGGUCGAUGCAAUCAAGGAUCUCGAGCCGGAAGGUCUGGUCUCCAUCUGUGCCCGGUGCCUGAACCUCGUUUAUCGCAAUCCGUCGCGGUUUCCGUCUUCUCUGCCGGAGUCAGUGGCCGAUAAGUUCAGGAUCUGCAGAGAGAUGGCCUCUGCAGUCCAGAAUCUCGGUUUCAUCGGGGACAUCGGCUUCCACAAGUCACGCUUAGAACCGGAAUGUAUCUGUUGCUUGUGCUUACGGCAGUUUCUUUAUCCAUCUGAAGAGGACAUGUAUGAGUUGAUAAGGCUCUUGGUGGGGAGGUUGUCCGAGUCGGUUGUAGUUGGAGAAGCAAAUGAUGUGAGUUAUGUUGAUUCGAAAGACAAGGAAGAAGAUUGGUCUAGACAUGCAGCAAGAGACAGGAUAGGGAAGGUUUACAAUGACAGAGAGCGACUAAAUUGGUGGAGAGCCGGAGACAUGUUGAGGGAGCUUAGGCUAAAUGCUGAAGGGCCAAAGUCAUCAUGUGCUACUGGUACAGGUUCAGGUAAUACUACUGUGAAUAAUAUGAGCUGGCAGGAGCCUAUUAAGGAAUCUGGGCUGUCAAAUGUUAAUGCAUUUGGAAUCACAGACAAUGCAGCUGAUGCAAAUGAUCAACUUCUCGAAGGAAAUGCAACGGCACGAGAGAAUCAGUCCUCUGAGACAAGAUGCUCGGUAGAAGAAGUUCAGCUUAGAGAAAGGGAGCUCAUGGAGGAGGCGAAAUAUGGGAGUUCAGAAGUGACAGACCUUGAGGAUGAAUUGGAGUUACUGAAGGGCGCAGCAGAAAUGGCCUUUGACAAAAAUCAUCCAACUGAUUUCUUCCUCGAGAAACUUAAUGGUCAAAUUGAUGCUAGGAAGAGGAAUCUUCUCGAACUGGAGUUAGAGUGGAAUGCUUUGGAGUUGACUCUAAAGGAGAAGAAGAGAAGUCUUGAAGAGUCAUUAUAUGCCACCAAGCCAGAGUUUCAAGAGAAGUUCCAAAAACUGAAAGAAGUUGAGCUAGAAGUGGAUUCCAUUUCAUCUGAAAUGCGAAAGAGGGAAGAAGAGUGUUCAGAGCUUUCUGCUAGUCUCAAGAAAAAACCUGAACAAGAAUCUAGGACGUCCUACAUUCAUCGGAUAAAAGAGAUCACAAAGAACAGUCGUAAACAACAUGCGGAUGUGGAACGCAUCCUAAAAGAGACGAGGGAACUCCAGUUAGAAAGUAAUUCCGUUCAGGAGCGUCUUCAUCGAACUUACGCUGUUUUAGAUGAAACCGUGUUCAGGUACAACAUCCUCAUCCUUGCAAUUCAAUUAGAAGGAAGUGCGCUAAUGUUCAUGUGUAUUAUCCAUGUUAGAGAAGCGAAGAAAGAUCAAGUUGGACGUCAGGCUUACAGGCUUCUUACCAGCAUUCAUGAAAGCUUUGAACAGAUCUUUGAGAAAAUAUUGUCCGCCAAUCGAGUCCAGAGAGAAAUUGCAGAAAAUGAGAAGAAGCUCGCGUUUAUGGCCUCACGGAGUCUAAACAUCGAGAGACUACAAGCCGACCUUGAUGCCAUCAUCAAGGAGAAUGAACGUUUGGAGCAGUGUCUAGAAAUGAACUGAGCAAGGAAAACCGUCAGGCCGAAUCUUUCGGCUUUCUGUAAAGGAGCCUUAGUUCGAGAUUAGAUCCUCAGUUGAAUGUUCAAUGACACCGCGUUAAAGAUAGACAGUAGUCGAAAAGCAUAUAGCACCCACAAAAAAGGAUAUUUUAAUCUGUGUACUUAGUGUAAUAUCUGUUUUUCAGUGAAAGACGCAUGAACUGAUGCAGAGAUUACCAAGUGUUGUAAAGAUUUUUCCCAAGAAAAAGGUGAGUAAUAGAGAGAUGCAAAAUCUUUCCACCGUUC